CGACUUCCCAUUCAAAAUCGCACACCUCAGCGCGCCGCGUGUCGCACACACUUCCACUUGGUCCCCCCGGAAUCCUCGAAAAGAAACCAAAUAACCAACCAUCCCCAGAUAUUAACAAAAAAAAAAAAAACCAACCCAAAAAUUAAACGCGGUGUUCUAAAACAAUAAAAGUACCCAAAAUUUAAAAUACAAAAAAAUAUAUAUUUUAAAAGCGCAAAGUUAAGUAACCCCAAGAAACAACAAUUUUUUUGCUGUGCGAAGCGAGACAAAGAAGAGUGCCCCAAAAGAAAGAGAUCAAGAGAAGAACAAAAGAGGAUAACCCCCAUUUACAAGACAACCGGAGCCCAUAGAAACCAAUGCAAAGAUGUGCCACAAUUCAGGGAUCGUGGAGAAAAACAACGAGCAGCAGAUCGAACGCUACAUGGCCUGUGGAAUGCCAUCGAAGGCGGUGAAGAGUGUCAAGUACACGCUGAAGAAGCGCGAGAAGAAGGAGCUGCAGAAGAAGGAGCAGCAAUUCCUGGAGGAUCUCGAGCUGAGCAGUAGCAGUGAUUCCUCCUCGAUCACAAACAGCGAUAGCGAGGAUAGCGGUGUCACCGAAACCCUUGUGAAAUCUCCACCUCCGACCACGACCCCCACUCGCAAAGUCAGCAUUACCCCUGCACCGCAAAAAAAGAGCGAACUCCUGCGUUUCUGUCCGCGAUUCCGCAAACUGGAACAGGAGCAGCAGCAGCAGAUGCUCAAGGAGAUGGAACUGCAGGAGGCGGAAACUAUGGACCAGUUGGACACCAAUGCCGCCGCCUUGAAGGCCCAACAGCAGCGCAAGCUGAGCUCCAUGGAGCCAUCCAUGGACGACGCCCUGGCCAUUGGCACCCAGAUGACGCGACAGGUGUCCGAGCGAAUCACCUGUCUGGUGGCCCAGCUGCAGGCCAGUCGCCUUUACACAAUUCUGACGCGUACAACACAACCAGCACACUUGAUAGCCGUUUGCAUAUUGGCCUUUGUGCUGAUGACUGUGGGACGCGACCUCAUCGACCCAACGACAACAGCAACAGAAGAGACAUCUGCAACAACAGCAGAAACAUCGACGAGAACAGCGACGGGUGGCGUUUUGGCGGCCUUGGUAUUUCUGGGCGCCUUUGCCACCCACUUUGGGUCGCAGAUCUGGAUGACAUUUGUCUCGGGUCUCUCGCUGUAUUUCUCACUGCCCCGCCACGUUUUCGGGCAGUGCCAGCAGAUCCUGUUCCCGCGCUACUUCGCCCUGAACGCUAUGCUCAGCCUGACGAUGCUGGUGGUUUAUGCCAAGUACUUCCUCAGCGGCUGGACGACAUCGGCGGGCAUCCAGAUGGGAUCGCUGGCUUUGGCGGCGGGCAUUGAGGUGGUGGUGCGGCUGUAUCUGGUGCCACCGAUGCUGCAAUUGAUGCACGAGAAGUACAGGAUCGAGGAUGCGAUCGGCAGCGGCCAGGAGGUGGGCAGCCUCGUCCAGGGCGACCUCGUCGACUGUCCGCACUAUCAGCGCAUCCACAAGGGCUUCCGGCGCAUCCACAUGACCAUCGCCAUUGGCAACAUGACGGUCAUGCUGACCACCUGCCUGCAGUUGUAUUUUCUAGCAUCGAAAAUACGCCUUAGCUAAGGCAAAAAACCACAAAAAACCAAGGAACCGGAGUGAAGAAUUUAUAUAUGUAGAUUAGGAGCCCAUACAUCACACACAUCACUACUGUAUUUCAAUGUUCAAUAAUUGUCUCAAAUCUAUAUACAUAUAUUGCUUAUUGAACCAUUGAUCUUCUUUUGAUGCCCUUCCUCCGCCCCAAGCAUAAAAAUAUUUAAUUUCUCCCGAGGACUCCUCGUUUUCAAUCUGAUUUCCUGUGAUAAACUCAGCCCCCCACAAUCCCCCACCCAAUCACCCAACCACCCACCAACACAACCCCACCCGCAAACCACAAACCACAGAGCACAUUUAGCCCAUAGUCGAUAGCCAAUAAUUUACACGGAGUUAUUAA